UUAUACUGGUGGGGGAUUUGAUUUCAAGUUGAGUCUGUGAUGUGAUGUCUUAUCAGAAGAUAUUACUAUACAGCCGAAACUGUUGUCCGAGUGUCGAUAUUUCCAAGAAAACCGGAAGUGAUUUGUUGGUUUGAAGGUACGAGGAAACUCGUAAAGGCAUUUGUUUUAAAAACAAAAUCCACAUCACAUGAUAUUCAUUUGGUACCUGAGACUCGGAAAGAAUUUCUAGGAAAUCUCUUAUUGAUCAUAAAACUACCUGCACAGAACUGCUUAGCUCUUAACAGAUCUGAACACAGCAUUAGUCAACCGAUUUCGCUUUAGAAGAAGCAGGAAUAAAUCCUGAAAGAGUACGUCUACCACAAGAGAAGUUAGUAUGAAAAGGUUUUCUGUUCUUGAAGUAUUAGUGCUGGUGCUAGUUUUCUUGCUGUUUGAAGUAAAAGGCGAAGUUCAUCUUGUGACAUUCGCCAAACAAAGGAUUAUAGGAAAGGGACAAAAUCUACAAAUAAAUUGUACGGUAUUUGGCGAAGAUUCUGGGUCAAAUUUUGAACUAAAAUGGAAAAAAGUUGGCAGUCUAAGAGAUAUCAAGUCUCGAAAAGUCGCCAACAACACAUUGCAGCUACAGAUACAAAGUGCAAGAAAAUCAGAUGAAGGGAAGUACCAAUGUGAGGUCACAAGACAGGAUCAGCUUCAAAACAGCACGUUCGUUCGCGUCCUGGUCAGUGAUUUACCGACCAAACCUUCAACCCCAAAUUGGCGCAGCAUCAAUUGGCAAAUUUGCUUCAACUGGAAGCCAGUCUCCAUCGAAGGAGGUUUACCUGUGACGUAUAAAAUACAAUAUCGAUGUCUCUCUCAGUGUGACUUGGACGAUGAUGUCAAUCUGCUCAGUAAUGGAUGGCACGAGGCUUGCAAAAAUACCUCACCUACCCCUGGACGGGAAAUGAAAUGUUGUCUAGAACACGUGACUUUGUUUAUUAAGUACGAGGCAGUAGUAGUGGCAGAGAAUGCCCUUGGGUCUGUUACAAGCUCGCCUGUCAAUUUUUCACGCGGGAUAGAGACUAUAAUUGGCCCACCUCAGUCCCUUCGAGCACAAGCAAUAGGGUAUGGAUCAAUAACAAUAGAUUGGACCCCUCCACCAAACUCGUUUUUUUGGCAGAUGAAGUACGCUAUCCUCUACCAUGCACAGGGAGACUCCACUAACAAGACCAUCAUAUUAGAUAGCAAUAGACAAAAUCACUAUCGACUAACGAAUCUACAGCCGUAUACCAGCUAUACGAUUUACGUAGCUGGUAUAUAUCCAAUAGACGGCAGAGUUGGGAUUCCUGUGGGACCUGUGGUURUUCUAACGAAUGAAGAAAAUCCCUCAGAUGCUCCAGAAAUAACGGACUGGGAUUCAAUAGUUUAUCCAGAAAACUUCAAUAAACGCAAUGUUACGGUCACUUGGAAGUUGCCACCGAAGGCCAAAUGGAACGGAAAGAUCCAAACCUUUAUCAUACAGUAUAGAGAAAUAUCAAGAAAACGGAUCGAUAUCAUGUCGAAUGUCCCAUGGGGGAAGAGCGUUAAGAUCAAUAGUUCCUCGACAAACAAAGGAAUGAUCAGCAAUCUUCGUACUAAGUCUGCGUAUGAAGUAGAGAUGCAAAUGUGUAAUGGAGCUGGGUGUGGAGGGAUUGGUACCCGGGUUGUAAUCAGUGGACUUAAAAUGUCUCACCAAGAAGAAAAACAAAAGAUUUUUGACGAUCAUCUAAUAAUACUUGUUCUAAUAAUGUUAACUGCAAUCGUGUUGUUCUUUGCUGUUACUGUUCUGGUGGUAUGCUUCAGGAUGAAAAGAAUAAAGCAAACGGAUGAUGAGGGAGCUCCAGCUAAAUGUUACCCACUGAAGAAAACAAGUUAUGAUAGAAUGGACGGAGAAAUUAUUACUUAACGAAGAAGAAUUGCUGGGAUUGAUUGACUACUCUUUAUUUAGUUUCUUGUUAGAUUAUACCAAGCUUGAUUUAAACACGAUAGAAACGUGACCAUCAGAUCACUUCCUUUUUAAACGAAUCAGCAACAAUAGCCGUGGAAGCCAUUUAAUAGUCCCAACCGUGAUUUCAAGAAAAAAAUCAAAAAAUGUUUCGUAGAAAAAUUCUUUGAUUUAACAUAUAUAUAUUUAUUUAUUUAUUUAUUUUCUAACCGGUAUACACAACAACACUGACAGAAGAGGAUGAUGAUAAUGAUGAUGGUGAUGGUGAUGAUGAGGGUGAUGUACAUGAUAGUGAUAGGAAUAGUGAUAGUGAUGAUGAUGAUAGUGAUAGUGAUGACGAUGAUGAUAGUGUCAGAUAAUGACGAUGAUGUUGAUAGUGAUAGUGAUGGUGAUCAUCAUGAUAAUAACUAUAAAUAUAAUUGCAUUUAUAAUGUAUCAUGAAUCUAGAUUCAUGCAGUAAGUGAAUAUUUAUUGAGUUAGUUAUUUAAACAUAAUUUAUAUCCAAUAAGUGUUAGUCAAACAGUUUUUGGGUCGAUGAAGCAAAUCAUUUAUAUAUUCUGAUUUAUAUGUAUAUCGUUUAAUUAGUUUCAAAUAGUAAAAACUGAUUGUAACAAAAGGACUAGUAUAGGACUAGUUAGGAGUAAAGACUCGCUUUACGUUGUAAAUAAAUUGCAAAUUGAAAAAAAAAUGUUUUGUUGGUCAA